GCUUCAAUUUUUUCUUCUAACCCAUUUUACACCCCUGCAUUUUUCUUCCUCUCUUUUUCACAUUUUUUCUUUACAUUUUUUCCAAUUUUUAUUAACCCUUUUUUGGGUUAGAUCAUACCCUUUUGCUUUUAAUCUUUGAUCUUAUCUGCAAAUGUUGUAUUUUGAAAGUAUGAUAUGAUGAAGGAGCAAUCAAUGCCGAAUAAAUCCGUUGAUAAUUCAUCUCAGGGAACACCGCAAGGAGAGAAUGCGGUUGCUCCUUCUUCACAACCAGGGCCACCGGAGCAUCAAACAUCACGGUCCCGAAAUCAGAUUUUCAAGAGUGGGCCGCUAUUUAUAUCAUCCAAGGGAAUCGGAUGGACAUCAUGGAAGAAAAGAUGGUUUAUUCUUACACGUACAUCGUUAGUCUUUUUCAGAAAUGAUCCUAGUCAAGCUCCUCAAAAGGGUGGUGAGGUGAAUCUAACCCUUGGUGGCAUUGAUCUCAACAACUCGGCUAGUGUGGAAGUCAAAACAGAUAAGAAGCUAUUGACAGUAUUCUUCCCUGAUGGUCGAGACGGACGGGCUUUCACACUCAAGGCUGAAACUUUGGACGAUUUACAAGAGUGGAAGACUGCACUUGAAAAUGCUUUGGCAUUGGCUCCAAGUGCAACCAGUAACGGAAAUGGAGUUCUCAAAAAUGAGCAGGGUGAUGAUGAUAAUGGUGCUGCUGAUGAAAUGAAGGAUGGGCCACCAGGAAAGUCUAUGGUACUUGGUAGACCAAUCUUACUUGCUUUGGAAGAUAUUGAUGGAUCGCCUUCUUUUUUAGAGAAAGCCCUAAGAUUCAUUGAAGAUCAUGGAGUCAGGGUUGAAGGAGUUCUGCGGCAGGCUGCAGAUGUCGAUGAAGUUUAUCGUCGAGUUCGUGAAUAUGAACAAGGGAAAACUGAAUUCUCUCCAGACGAGGACGCUCAUAUCAUUGGUGACUGUAUAAAGUACAUCUUAAGGGAGUUACCAUCUUCUCCAGUUCCAGCAUCUUGUUGCAAUGCAUUACUAGAAGCAUUCCGAAGUGACCGCAACAACAGAGUGAAUGCCAUGCGCAAUGCAAUAAUGGAAACAUUUCCCGAACCAAACAGACGGUUACUACAGAGGAUACUCCAGAUGAUGCAAACUGUGUCUGCCAAAAAAGAAAUAAAUCGGAUGAGUACAUCGGCUGUGGCAGCUUGCAUGUCUCCAUUACUUUUGCGCCCCCUUCUCGCUGGUGAUUGUGAACUUGGAGAUACACAUAUGGAUGUUGCUGGAGAUGGUUCGUUCCAACUUCUUCAAGCAGCAGCAGCAGCAAACCAUGCUCAAGCUAUCAUUAUUACUCUACUAGAUGAAUACGACAAAAUUUUCGGGGACGGUUCAAUGUCAGAUGGAGGGUUAUUCUCUGACUCGGAUGAGAGUGGAAGUGGGACAGAAGAGGCCAGUGAUGAUGAUGACAUAUAUGAGGAUGACGAUGAUGAGGAUGAUGAUGAUGAUUAUCUUGAAGAUGAUGAUCACGAGGAUGCAUCUCAUGAUGAAACAGAUGAUGAACGUUCGGUAACUGAGACAUAUAGUAGUACCGGCGACCAUGAAGAGAGCGAUUAUUAUGAUGAUAAGCGUAGCGAGAGGUCUAGUUUAUUUUCAAAGUCUCCUGAAAAAGUAUAUAAUCAUCAGACAAGCCAGAGAUCUUCAUCAGUUUCUCCUCGUACUCCGGAAUCCAAGCAGGAUCAGCUUCAAAAUGUUAACAAUAACACGAGAGGAAAUAAUGAUAGAAGAGUCGGUGGAAUUGACUCAAUUAAAUUGCAUAAAAAUAUUCCAGCAGAGGCAAGUACCAUAAAAGAACCAGUAGGUUUCAGUCCACCAAUAGGCAACCAAAAGGCAGCAACUAAGUUCCUUGGUUCGUCACAAUACAGACGCCAAUGGUGGGGAAGAACAUCCGCCAAGAAGAAUCUUUCUAUGGAAUCCAUUGAUUUUUCACUUGAUGACGAGGAUGAAAUUGAAAGACUUGAGGCUGCCAAGCUUGAGCUGAGAAAUCGUUUUGAACAGGAGGCUAAUGGUAACUCAAUCCUGCAAGCGAGUUUAGAGAAACGAAAGAAAGCCCUGCACGAACGUCGCCUUGCUCUUGAGAAAGAUGUCGCUCGGCUGCAAGAACAGCUACAAAAGGAAAGAGACUUACGAGCAUCUCUAGAAGUCAGAGCUGGAUCUCGCAAUUUUCAGGUUUCUGUCUCACCAAGUAUCGAUGAGAAGAUCGAGCUUCAGAAAAUUGCUUUUGCCGAGGAAAAUUUUAGUAACUUAAAGCAGAGGCUUGAUGAUAUAGACGCGGAGCUUCGUCAUCAACAUGAUCAGACCGAAGCUUUUUUGCAGAACCCGAACAUCAAUGUACAUGAAUCUUUAAGUCAAGGGACUAAGCUGCAACAUAACAAGGAUAACGAGAUUAAAGAUGAGAAACAUCAAAUUGAGGGACAACGGAACUGUAAAAGGGAUGGAGAUGAUAAUCAGAAUAAUGAAACGUUAAACAUUCGUCAAAACCAACCAAGCGAUGUUUCACGAGGUUCUUCGAAAGAAGAGUGGUUUGAUAGUAAUUCAUGCAUGGAAACUUUAAUCCCCAAGCCGAGUUCCUCCCCUUCAAGGAAGUCAAGUGUAAAGGGCGAGGUAGGUCGAUUCUCCACUACAGAUACUCCGUAAAUGUUUUCUCUUAGUGUAUAGUUAUUACAAGUAGAUUGGAAGAAUAUCUUGUGUGCUUACUGUAGGAAUGCCCACACUGCACAUGAACAUUGGUUUAGAAAAAUUUGUAAUGUGACUAGUAAAAUGGUUAGUUGAAUCAUGUGCACUUUUUAUCAAUGUGAAGUUGCAGAUGAAAUUUGCUACCAAGGGUCAAUCAGAAUCAACCUCUUUGUUAUCACCUGUUACUAAGACUCGGGUACUGAUUUUGGA